AUGACCGUCUUGCUUCGUGGGUCCGCCUUCAUCACAGGCGCAGCCUCCGGCAUUGGACAACAGAUCGCCAUCGCCUUUGCUCAGCAUGGAGUCACAAAGCUAGCAUUGGCCGACAUCAACCAAGACGCACUAGAUAUGUCCGCCGGAUCUUUGAAGAAACAGUUUCCCCAUGUCCAUAUUCUACCGGUGCAUCUCAAUGUUCGUGACUCCACGCAGGUCAAGGAAGGUAUUGCCAAGACGAUCGGCGAGUUUGGUCGUCUAGACAUUGCUGUGAACAAUGCCGGUAUCAGCGGCAGUGGACGAAAGACGCAUGAGUUGGAAGACGAUGAAUGGCUCGGAAUUCUCGAUGUGAAUUUGCAGGGUGUGUAUCGAUGUCAGAAAGAAGAGCUGGAUGUCAUGAUAGACCAAGAAGAUUUGGGACCUCGGGUUGGCCGCGGAAGAAUAAUCAACGUGGGAAGCAUGUUUGCUGUUGUGGCCCCAAACAACCAGGACCAUACUGCGUAUACAACUGCCAAGCAUGGCAUAAUUGGCUUGACCAAGGCUGACGCAAACUCGUACGGGCCUUUAGGCAUCCGUAUCAAUGCCAUCUGCCCAGGUUAUGUCGAGACACCUCUACUAACGAGUAUUAUGAGUCGUGAUCCAGACUCACCACUCGCAGUGGACUUGUCACGAACUCCUUUGAAGCGCCUCGCCACUAUGGAGGAGAUAGCAGAUGCUAUAGUCCUGUUGGCUUCUCCCAUGAAUAGUUACAUGCAAGGUGCCAGUAUGAUAUGUGAUGGGGGUUUUACCAGUAACUAG